CUCAAAAAGGGUGGUAAAUUUCACCUAAGGCUAAAUAUGUGCAAGAGACCGAUAGCGAACAAGUACCGUGAGGGAAAGAUGAAAAGAACUUUGAAAAGAGAGUCAAAUAUAUGCGGGUUUACUCGUGUCCUUUCUAGUGCACUUCCUUACUUGCAG